GCCACAGCUAGCUGAUUAUUGAAAAACCAAUGUCUAUUUAUAUCAACAACGCAAUUUCGAGACUAUCGAAUAUGGCGGACACUAAAAGCCACGAGAAGGCAAAAAUGUUGUAUGAAAAGGAUAAUAUUGAUGCCGAAAAGCACACAAGAAAGCCUACAAAAAAGUCAACAAUAUAUGUGGUAGUAGGCCUAAUACUGCUGAAUCUUGUUCUGAUGACUACAUUGAUAACCCUUGUUGUGAAAUGGCGAGUGGCCAGACAAAUUGCUCUUGAACCACGUGAACAAACAGUGUGUUUGGCGUGUCAAGAACUGGGUCUGUUCGAUGAAGAACUACCAGAAGAAGUGAAGGGGAAAAUAUCGAGAAAACGAAAGGAAAAGUCAGAGGAAUUGGUUUGCUGCGGGUACACAAGUAGUGUACUUGAACGGAUGGUAUCUGAGGCAAUAAAGCAAAGAGGCACAGGAGUUAAAUCAAGUUUAUAUCCAUUAGUAUCAAAAGAAUGCAAUUACACCACAAGAAUUCUUCCUUCUGCUCAAGUGAAUGGAAUAUCUACGACUGAAAUGGAGAAUGAAGGUGUAGGGGAUAUAAUUCACUGGGAAACAUCCGACAAGUCAUUUCUGAAAGGUGGUAUCACCUACAAGGAUGGAAAACUGACAAUAAAGGAGCCGGGCUACUAUUAUGUAUUUUCACAAAUUAUGUUAAGAAACGUUCAGAAAACCACGCCGAAUUUGGUCACAUACGAAGAAAACCCUACACAUCUAGAUCACUACAUGCACCACUAUUCCAGGAAGGAUGGAACUACGCGAAAGAUUCUCGAAGCCUCAAAGUCAUUGUGUGAAAUGCCCUCUGCGAAUGAUGAGACUACAAGUACUAUAGGAGCUGUGUUUUACUUGGAGAAACACGACGAGGUAUUUGUGAACACAUCGCACCCACAAAACCUUGUACCGAGCCAGGAGGGCAGCCAUUUUUGGUUGUAUCUUACAUGAACAAACUACUGCAAUCAUGUAAUGAAUGAUACUUAUAUACUAGAUGUUUCUGCUGAAUGCAUGAAACGUGUUUACAUGUGUGCAUAUUACCUUAAAGAACGACACUGCAACUGGUUUUCCUUAUUUUAAUAUACAUGGUAUAUUAUGUUGUUACGUGUCAUCAUUUUGUAACUGAGCUUGUGUUAAUUUCUUAAAGUAAAAAGCAUAUAUCCUUUGAACCUUUCCAAUAUAUGCACUUUGUGUGGAAAGAAUUUGCUCGUAACAACUAGUAACUUAUGUCUUUUUGCUUUAUAUUCGUUGCUGUUAAUUCAUUUUCUUUACAUUUAUAAUAUGCAAAAAAAAUUCUUUAUAUUGGGAUGAUAUUUCAUAGUUAGGAAAAAAAAAAGAUACGUUUUAGAGUAGCUGUAUACAUUAUAUUAGUUAUCUUUAAAUAUGCUUGUCAAGUCUCUGAUGGGCAGAAAACAGUAUAACGACUAAUAUCGGCAAUAUAACUUUACUCAUCAAAUAAUCAGUGUAAAGGAAUCUUUACAUUUAUAAACUAGAAAUGCGUCCAUAGGACCCAGAAGCGCCUAUAGUAUGAUGUUACGAUAUGAAAUUGUGAGUUUUGUAAUGGCACUUUGACAAUAGAACACGUAUAUUAAACUUACGGACUGAAACGGAAAUAAAUAUCUUUAAUAUUUCUUUCAUCUUUAAAUGACUAAAUAUUUCAUCCUCUUGUUUAGGUGAAAGUUUGUACCAAGUUAUUUGGAUGUCUUCCUAUGUAUGAAACAUCUUUGACCUCUAGGUGUUUAUAUAAAAUAGAAAUAUAUCCCAAACAGAGAUUUCAUUUGUCUUUGAAUAAAAUCAUUGUGUUGAGUUCAGAUGCGAAGAAAUUAUAUCAUAAUAAUAAAAUAAUACACAUCUGAACGACAAACAAAGAUUUUGUUCUAGAGAACAUCACUGUUUUAGAUAUUUUAUUUCGAUUUUGACACGAUAAUAACGAUUGCUAUGUACAUUUUGGCCAACAUCCCCCAAAUUUUUGUAUGUUUUGCAUAGUUUCUUUUCCAGCGCACCGCUAUGACGUUUGAUGCUAUGACGUAUGACGUUUGAUGCUAUGACGUAUGACGUUUGAUGCUAUGACGUUUGAUGCUAUGACGUAGUAGUUCCUACACAUUAUGAUUUGUUAGACAAUAACACCCCAUUUCAGCCUUCUUUGUUUAAAGGAAAAUAAACCAGGCUGUGUUAGAAUUUACAAUAAAUAACUAGUAUAUAUGACGGAUAAGUUCAUAAUAGGAUUCUACAAAUUUAUGACAAAUAAAUGCACUUUUGUUUGUUUCUUUUGUAGAAUUUAAAAAAUAAAAAUGUAGAUUUGAUA